AUGCAGUUUGUCAAAGAGAAGACAAACAUCCCUGUACCAUCUGUUAUUGCAUGGGGCCUCGGUCAUGAGAAUCCGCUAGGCCUGGGGCCGUUCAUCAUCAUGGAAUAUAUUGAGGGGGAACCUUUAGACACAAUCUUACGGCAAGGUACUGGCCCGGAAGAAGCUCACGCCCUACGGCUGGACAUCAGUGAUGAAGAACUGAAAACUAUAUACCGCCAAAUUGCGAAUAUUCUGUUGGAGCUUUCAGCACAUAAUUUUCCGCGUAUAGGUUCGCUUUCCAGAAAUACAGAUUUCGGCAGCGGCAUCUAUUCGAGGCCUUUGACGCUGAAGAUGAAUGAAAUAAAGAGCCACGGGGGCGUUCGUGUUGGUGGCCAUAUUUCCAAGACAUUCUCUUCAACCACCAGCUAUUUUCGGGAUGUUGCCGAACAAGACAUGCAGCAUCUGUGGGGCCAACCUAAUUCAGUCGAUGAUAUGGAAGAUGCUCGUCGCAAGUAUCUCCAUAAUAAGAUAUUUAAAGCCAUUGGACCCCAUUUCGUUGACAGCAAGUAUGACUAUGGUCCGUUCAAGUUAAUUUGCGACGAUUUCCGGCUUGGAAAUAUACUCGUCAACAACGCACAGGAUCUGAAGAUAGUCGCAGUCCUCGACUGGGAAUGGGCUUAUGCAGCGCCAUUUCAGAUGCUUUACUCACCCCCGCGGUGGCUACUUCUGAAGAAGCCGUUGGAUUGGGAUGAUGUGGAUAUUUCUAAGUACAAUUCGCUUCUUAAGAUGUUCGUUAACGUACUGGAGGCGGAGGAGCAAAAAAGAGCAGAAGGUCUCUCAAUGCCCAGUAUGGCGGCUCUCAUGCACGAAUCCAUGAAGGACGGAAAAUUCUGGUUUCAUGAGUUAAUAUACUCUUGCUUCGAAUCGCCCGACAGCCGGGCUUGGACCGCUAUCCGACAGCUUCUACCUUCCAUUGAUGAGCUCGCGACAGUUUCCGGCCCUGCAGUUGAACUGUUCGUGAACAGCAAGAUGGAGCAGCUAAAUCAGUAUAAUGUGGAAUGGGCGGCAAUGAAAGAGGAGAUUGAUAAAAAGGAGGCGGACUUCCUAGCGCUGAAGAAGAGGGUAGAAGAGGACGCAGUUUAG